AAAAAGCCACCCAACUCAUCAGCACGGCCUGAACCACUAACUGUAACCCAGAGUGGGCGCAUUGUUCGACGUCUUGCCAGUUAUUCCGAGUGACUAAUGUAUUGUCAUUUGUUCUUAUUGUAGAGGAAGACUUCCCUCUACUUUAAGCGUCAAGGAACUUCUCAGGACAAGUUCCAUGAUCAAAUUAUUGUUAGAAAAAAUAACAACAAGAACCGUCAUCAACUCAUUUUUAUGCAAGGAACUUUGUCAAGGAACUCUAGGCUUAAGUUAAAUUUUCUGUUUGUUUGUUUGUUUGUUUGUUCUUUUUUUUUUGGUUUUUCCUUUAUUUGUUUAUUCAUUUUUUGGUAAGAAGAAAGCAAGUUAUAUACUUGCUGGGUAUCCUGUGGUUGGUUUACCCAUGAUGCUUUUGGCUAAGGUUGUUCUUAUCAGACUGCCACCUUGCUCAAGUAAAUCAGUUUGUUAUCAUACGUAUGUUGUGCUUCCAUGCAUAAUAACAAAAUACUACUAAUAUUAGUUGUUUUAGAAGCAGUAGUAGUAGUAGUAGUAGUAGUAGUAGUAGUAGUAGUAGUAGUAGUAGUAGUAGUAGUAGUAGUAGUAGUAGUAGUAGUAGUAGUAGUAGUAGUAGUAGUAGUAGUAGUAGUAGUAGUAGUAGUAGUAGUAGUAGUAUUUUAUUUAUCAACAUUAUUAUCAGCGCAUUACUGA